AUGGAGUCUAAGCCGGAUGAUAUCUCAGCAUCUGGGCCUGCUGAGAGCUACUAUGAGAAAAGCAUCGCCGAUACUCUCCCAGUGAGCCACCAAGACCUCCGCGCUGCUGAUAGUUCCGAGACACUUCAUGGACUACUCAACACUCCUGCUCCUCCCAAGAAGGUAGCGGAAUGGCAUAUGACAUCGCAAGUCAUUGCAAAUGCCGAGCGUGAGGCAGCAGCUGGCUUCAAAAAGCGAGAGCUAGGUGUGACAUGGCAAAACUUGACUGUUGAGGUCCCUGCGGCCGAGGCAGCUGUCAAGGAGAACAUGCUUUCCCAAUUUAACCUCCCUCAACUAUAUAAGACUUGGCGUCAAAAGCCACCCAUGAAAGCGAUCUUGCAAGACAGUCAUGGAUGUGUCAAGCCUGGAGAAAUGCUCCUGGUCCUCGGAAGACCCGGUUCUGGCUGCACCACUCUUCUUAAGUUGCUCACCAAUCGCCGUGAAGGAUACCACACCAUCAAGGGAGACAUCAAGUUUGGAAGCAUGGACCCCAAGGAGGCCGUGCAAUACCAAGGCCAAAUCAUCAUGAACACCGAAGAGGAACUGUUCUAUCCUCGCCUUACGGUCGGCCAGACCAUGGAUUUCGCUACUCGCCUAAAGGUUCCUUUCCAUCUUCCUGAAGGACACGCCAACGUCGACGACUAUACUGCCGAGACUAAGGAGUUCCUGCUCAAGUCCAUGGGUAUUUCUCACACUGCUGACACCAAGGUCGGCAAUGAAUUCGUCCGUGGUGUUUCUGGUGGAGAGCGAAAGCGUGUCUCCAUUAUUGAAUGUCUUGCAACAAGGGCUUCAAUUUACUCGUGGGAUAACAGUACCCGUGGUCUCGAUGCCUCCACUGCCCUAGAAUGGGCUAAGGCUCUCCGCGCCAUGACGGAUGUGCUUGGUCUUUCCACUAUUGUCACUCUUUACCAAGCCGGAAAUGCUAUUUUCGAUCUUUUCGAUAAAGUCCUCGUACUUGACGAAGGCAAACAAAUCUACUAUGGUCCUGCCCAAGAGGCCAAGCCUUUCAUGGAAAAGCUUGGCUUUGUCUACACCAAUGGUGCCAACGUUGGUGAUUUUCUUACUGGUUUAACUGUUCCCACUGAGCGAAAGAUUAGACCUGGCUGGGAAAACCGGUUUCCUCGUACCGCUGAAGCCAUUUUGAAAGAAUAUCUCGCAUCACCGACCUACAAAAAUGAGAUUGCUGCCUACGAUUAUCCUACAUCAUCAAUUGCCAUUGAGCGAACGGAGAACUUCAAGGAGUCUGUUAGCUGGGAAAAGUCCAAUCACCUGCCCAACGGCAGUGACCUCACCACCAGUUUCUGGGCUCAGCUCAACCAUUGCAUCCGGAGACAAUAUCAAAUCCUCUGGGGUGAAAAGUCCACCUUCAUCACCAAGCAGGUUCUCUCGUGUAUUAUGGCCCUGAUUGCUGGAUCUUGUUUCUAUAACUCCCCGGAUACCUCUGCAGGUCUCUUCACCAAGGGUGGUGCCGUCUUCUUCUCGCUUUUAUACAACUGCAUUGUCGCCAUGUCCGAAGUCACAGAGUCUUUCAAGGGUCGUCCCAUUCUGACCAAACACAAGUCAUUCGCUAUGCAUCACCCCUCAGUUUCCUGUCUCGCUCAAAUCGCAGCAGAUAUACCUGUCUUGCUAUUCCAAUGCACCAUUUUUGCUAUUGUCAUCUACUGGAUGGCUGGUCUGAAGCAUACUGCAGCAGCUUUCUUUACUUUCUGGGCUAUUCUCUUCAUCAUCACUUUGACUAUCACCGCCUUGUUUAGAUUCAUCGGAGCUGCUUUCAGCACGUUUGAGGCUGCAUCAAAGAUCUCUGGAACUGCUGUCAAGGGUAUUGUCAUGUACGCUGGCUACAUGAUUCCCAAGCCCAAGAUAAAGAACUGGUUCCUUGAGUUUUACUACACCAAUCCGUUUGCCUAUGCCUUCCAAGCUGCCCUCUCCAACGAAUUCCACGACCAACACAUUGAUUGUGUCGGCGAGAACCUUAUUCCAAGUGGUGUUGGCUACGAAAAUGUUGGAACCGGUCACGCAGCUUGCGCUGGAGUUGGUGGUACUACUGCAGGUGCCGACUAUGUCACUGGUGACCAAUAUCUUAGUUCCCUCCACUACAAGCACUCUCAAAUGUGGCGCAACUUUGGUGUGCUCUGGGCUUGGUGGGGAUUCUUUGCCGUAAUGACAGUCAUUUUCACUUGCAUGUGGAAGUCUAGCGGCGCUGGUGGUGCUGCUCUUCUCAUUCCUCGGGAGAAUCUUAAGCAGCACCAAGCUGUAAAGCACAGCAGUGACGAGGAGGCUCAGGCUAUGGAGAAGGGCCAGACUAAAACUGACGAGCCUGUCGGAACUGAUGACAACCUCGUUCGCAACACUUCGAUUUUCACCUGGAAAAACCUUACUUACACUGUCCAAACUCCCACUGGUCCCCGUGUCCUUCUGGAUAAUAUUAACGGUUGGGUCAAGCCCGGUAUGCUCGGCGCGCUUAUGGGUUCCUCUGGUGCUGGAAAAACCACUCUGCUCGAUGUGCUUGCCCAGCGUAAAACCGACGGUACUAUCAAAGGAUCUAUCAUGGUAGAUGGUCGCCCUCUCCCAGUCUCCUUCCAAAGAUUGGCUGGUUACUGUGAGCAGCUGGAUGUCCAUGAGCCAUUUGCUACGGUUCGUGAAGCUUUGGAAUUCUCUGCUCUCCUUCGCCAGUCCCGUGAGGUCCCGAAGGCCGAGAAGCUCAAGUAUGUUGAAACCAUUAUCAAUCUUUUGGAACUGCACGAUAUAGCCGAUACCCUUAUUGGCUCCGUCGGCAGCGGUCUGUCUGUUGAGCAGCGUAAGCGCGUGACUAUCGGUGUGGAACUUGUGUCUAAGCCUAGUAUCCUGAUCUUCUUGGACGAGCCUACUUCUGGUCUUGAUGGUCAAUCAGCCUACAACACUGUCCGUUUCCUUCGCAAGCUUGCCGAUGUCGGUCAAGCCAUUUUGGUUACUAUCCAUCAACCCUCUGCUCAGCUAUUCGCUCAAUUCGAUACUCUCCUGCUUCUCGCAAGAGGUGGAAAGACCGUUUACUUUGGUGAUAUCGGUGAGAACGGUGGUACUAUCAAACAAUAUUUCGGCAAACACGGUGCUCAGUGCCCAUCUGAUGCCAACCCUGCUGAGUUCAUGAUUGACGUUGUGACUGGUGGUAUUGCAGAAGUCAAGGACAAGGACUGGCAUUCCGUUUGGCUUGAGUCGCCCGAGUCAACUUCUAUGUUGGCCGAGCUCGACAGCAUGAUUGAUGAUGCGGCAAGCAAGCCACCUGGAACAGUUGAUGACGGAUUUGAGUUCUCAAUGCCCCUCUGGGAGCAGACCAAGAUUGUUAUCCACCGUAUGAAUGUCUCUCUUUUCCGGAACACUAGCUACGUUAACAACAAGAUGGAGCUUCAUAUUAUUUCUGCAAUGCUGAACGGUUUCUCCUUCUGGAGACCUGGACCUAGUGUGGCUGCCCUGAACUUAAAGAUGUUCUCAAUCUUCAACUUCGUGUUCGUUGCCCCUGGUGUUAUCAACCAAUUGCAGCCCUUGUUCAUUCAACGUCGUGAUAUCUAUGAUGCCCGUGAAAAGAAAUCCAAGAUGUACUCGUGGGUUGCCUUCGUUACUGCUCUCAUAGUCUCUGAGUUCCCCUACCUCUGCAUCUGCGCCGUUCUCUACUUCGUAUGCUGGUAUUACCCUGUCUGGACCUUGCCCCACGAUUCCAACCGCUCCGGUGCUACUUUCUUUAUAAUGUUGAUCUACGAGUUCAUCUACACCGGUAUCGGCCAGUUCGUCGCCUCCUACGCUCCCAACCCGACCUUUGCCGCUCUCGUCAAUCCCCUGAUCAUCUGUACCCUGGUCCUGUUCUGCGGUGUGUUCGUUCCUUACUCCGAGCUGAACGUCUUCUGGAGAUACUGGAUGUACUGGCUCAACCCAUUCAACUAUGUGGUCUCUGGAAUGAUGGUCUUCGGUCUUUGGGAUGCCAAGGUCACCUGCAACGAGGAUGAGUUCGCCGUCUUCGACCCAACGAAUGGUACUUGCGGAGAGUACUUAGCCUCUUACAUGCAGGGCUCUGGCAGCAGAAUCAACCUGACCAACCCGGAUGCCACCUCAGACUGCCGCGUCUGCCAGUUCAAGACCGGAAGUGAUUUCUUGGCAACCAUGAACAUCAACCACUACUACGUUGGAUGGAGAGAUGCAGCUAUCACUGUUAUCUAUGCCAUCAGUGGCUACGCUCUAGUUUACGGACUGAUGAAGCUCCGAACGAAGGCCUCCAAGAAGGCCGAAUAG